AUGGUGCCUCUUUUCCCUCUCAAUCUUAACUCGCCUGGCAUGUCUUUCUCCGCACUCCUUGCGGCUAUUCCACUUCUAAGUCUUGCAAGUGCUACGCCUGGCGAUAGUCCUGCGAUCCUGCGACGCGCAUGUCCGGAGUACACCUCGUACGCCUCGACGCCGCAUGCUCCGUAUAGUGGCGGUCCCUUGAACCUCCCAUACCAGCGUCCUGCCCUAGCAUGCCGCACCUUUUCAUCACCGGCAGUUGAGCAGGUCAUCGAAGAUGUGACGUCGCGCCUGGUCGACAAGGACCUUGCCCAAUUAUUCCGAAAUGCCUACCCCAACACUUUGGACACAACAAUAAGGUGGCACACGAAUGGCACAAGUUCGGCUGCAACUCGGAAGAGGAACAAACGCGACACCUCGGACUGGAGCGGCACGCACACCUUUGUCGUGACGGGUGACAUAAAUGCGGAGUGGCUCCGCGACUCGACUAGGCAGCUCACCAACUAUCAGGCGCUGGCCGCCAGUGACAAGAGUCUGUAUGACCUUAUCAUUGGAGCGAUUCAUACGCAAGCCGAAUUCGUGAUCCAGUCUCCAUACUGCAAUGCCUUUCAACCGCCCUCUGUGAGUGGCAUUAAACCCGAGGAAAGCAGUCAAAGUGACAAUGUGCACCCAACCUACGACAAAUCGUUCGUCUACGAAUGCAAGUAUGAACUGGACUCACUGGCACAUUUCCUUUUGCUGGCGACUGAAUUCCAUGAGAGCACCGGAUCCAUUGAAUUUUUGAACGACCGCUGGUUCAAGGCUCUGGACACAGUCCUUCGGGUCAUUAAUGCACAAUCACAGCCCUCUUUUAACUCGAAGAAUCAGUUCGUUACUAACCAAUAUACCUUCCAGCGUCAGACUAAUAUUGGUACUGAGACCUUGGCUUUGAGUGGUGUUGGCAACCCACUUAAUAGCGGCACUGGUCUCAUUCGCAGCGCUUUCCGCCCUAGCGAUGAUGCUGCCAUCUUCGGAUACUUUAUUCCACCCAAUGCUAUGAUGUCUGUUGAACUUCAGAAGAUUGCUGGUAUAAUUGAAAAGGCUGGUGGUCACGAUAGCCUCAUCAAGGAACUAAAACAGCGGGGCAAGGAUCUGGCUGCCGCAGUCCGCGAGCAUGGCAUCGUACACCAUGUCAAAUACGGCGAUGUCUACGCUUUUGAAGUGGAUGGCUACGGAUCUCGUACAAUCAUGGACGAUGCAAACAUUCCAUCGCUCUUAGCUCUUCCAUACCUGGGCUUCGUGAGCCAAACCGAUGAAGUCUACCAAAAUACCCGUAAGAUGAUCACCGAAAAGUCUGGUAACCCUUAUUACCUAGAAGGUCCCGCCUUCCAUGGGAUUGGCGGUCCACAUAUCGGACUACAAAAUGCCUGGCCCAUGUCACUCCUCGUGCAAGCGAUGACUUCCAACAACGACUCGGAGAUUUUAGAGUGUAUCGAGCUUGUCCGAAACUCAAGUCUUCUUGGCCUAGUGCACGAGUCUAUUGAUGUCACUAAUAUCAAAGUAUAUACCCGCCCUUGGUUCGCGUGGGCCAACUCGGUCUUCGCGCAGACUAUUCUGAAGAUCGCGGCGGAGAGACCUCAUUUGAUCUUUGGGGAGAAUGUAGAGCCAUACGUUGUUUCAUAA